ACAGGAGGAUAUUCAUUCUCACACUCUCUUUACCAUCAACACACGAGUGAAGCAUCAUUCUAGCAUGGUAUCUGCAGGGUUACAGAUGGUGGGCAUUGCCCUGGCUAUCAUCGGCUGGAUCGGGGUGAUAGUGGUGUGCAUUCUUCCCAUGUGGCUCGUCACAGCGUUCACCGGGCAGAACAUAGUCACUGCGCAAAUCACCUGGGAAGGAAUCUGGAUGACUUGUGUGGUUCAGAGCACCGGACAGAUGCAGUGUAAAGUCUAUGACUCAAUGCUAGCCCUCAGCUCAGAUAUGCAGGCAGCUCGUGCCCUCUGCAUCAUCUCCAUCCUGGUGGGUGUUUUUGGCAUCCUGCUAGCGGCGGCUGGAGGGAAAUGCACCAACUGCAUCGAGGAUGAGAAUGCCAAGGCCAAAGUAGGCAUUAUUGCUGGAGCAGUCUUCAUUAUCGCUGGACUUCUCUGCUUGAUUCCUGUGUGUUGGACUGCCAACACAGUUAUAAGGGACUUCUACAACCCUCAAACUAACUUCGCACAGAAGAAAGAGUUGGGAGCUUCGCUGUUUAUUGGUUGGGCUGCCUCUGCGUUGCUGAUUAUUGGCGGUGCAUUACUUUGUGCCAACUGCCCUCCCAAAGACCACUACUCUGCAAAGUACACUGCUCGACCUGGUGGAACCAAAGGCUAUGUGUGAAGAGGAACCAAGGAGCGAUGUAAAUAGUGACAUUAUCAUGGCAUAUUCAAUGUACGUUGUUCUUUAGUCAGUUGGUCAGUAACAACUGAACAUUUGUGAAUGUUGUAUCACUGGCCAAAAAGCUCAAUUGCCUGUCAGCUGCAAACAUACAGGGAUGAUGUUGAAAUAAUGUAUCAGGUCACAGAGCUGAAUAGAACAGUGCUGGUCACACUUUUGAUGGGAACUAUUAAUACAACUUAUUAAUUUUGUCAUUUGGAUGCACAAUCAGCACACCCUCUUCAGAAGUGUUCAAACUGUUAUGGAUUUGUAUAAAAUGUUAAUGUAAACAGAUUGAGGUUUAACUGUUUAAAUUGUGAUAAAUAGAUAUUUGUGCUGCUGCAAAACAUUUCAACUACAUGCAUUUCAAAUAAUAAACUUUUUUAUCAACACACACAAAA